AUGGAUAUACGCCGGCUGCUUGCCUUUUUUUCACGCACGACAAGCAAGAAAGCUGUGAAGCAGAACUCUCUUUUUUUGGACCUGCCUCUCGCUCUCGUUUAUGACAUCUUUGACGAGCUCCACUUGCCGGAAAGAGUGUUGCUCUCUCAAACAUGCAGAGAUUUGUGGUAUACGCUGCGUUCCAAGUGUUUGUUGGCUAUCCGACAAGCUACCGCCGUUGAGCGCCUCGAGUGUCUGGCUGCGCUGGGCGAUGUUCUACCCGAUCAUCGAUUGUGUACCUCUUGCCGCUCAUUGCAUCUUCUGGACCCUAAAGACCUCCCUGUCACGGGCUACGAUAAGUUUCAUAAGCCAUGCCCAGCGCUGGAGACUACUUGGAGCCGUCACCGCUUGAUCCCUUACUACGCCAUAGCAUUUCGUCAUGUGCAGCUGGCAAUCAAGUAUACCCGUUUCAAAGAUAUCCAUCAAGACUACCGCGCGAGCAUCCUGCAAAGAUUCGUCAUUUCCAUUCCCCAAUUUGAUUCGAUGGGGCUGAUCUUUGGCGCGGAGCCAAUAAUCAUCUCUGGCAGAUUUAUCUUGAUGACAAUCUUUGUCUUCUACACGGCUAUGGAACCAAUAUCGUUUUCAACUCUUUCGCGAGCACAUUUCCAAAUCUGCCCGCAUCUCGGUGCUGGUGGGCCUCUCAUCCCCGAUAACCGUUUGCUUGCAGCGAUACGCUUUGCAUCCAAUGUCGCGGACGGCCAGCUUGGCUCACACCAAGAAGUACAUUCUUGCGAUCGAUGUCCAACCGAUUUUCGGAUAACAAUCAAAGACAGGCAGGCGACUCUUUAUGUCUGGCAGGACCUUGGAGCUGGAACCUCUCCCCUGGAUCCAUACUGGCGUAGUCAUAUCUGGGAUGAGGGGAACGGCCUGUUCAAGGGCACGAAAUUCAAAUAUGAGCAUGGAAGCAUCCGAGACUUAUUCAAAGACCUAUGGAUACAUGCAAGAUACAGCAUCGACAGCAUUAUCUGUGCCAGCGCAAACCCACCCCCCUCUCUCCCCACAGUUUUACCUCCACCUUCGGUAGCAUUCCCAUGUAUAUCCGCAAUACUUCGGCACAGGCCCUCCACUAUUCCAUGUGAGCUUGAGGCGAAGGGGCAAGAAGGGCGUGCGAGUCGAAGGAGACAAGUCGAGUGCUCGCGUUGGCUUCACCCCGAAAGGUUACUAGACCCCAGCACCACGAUGAGGUGCGAGCUUGCUGGAGGACCCCGAAGGGCCCCAGGUCUUUUGAACCAGCCCGACCUGGAGGGCUCCCUACGUCGCACGUCAGUCUCGUCUAGGAGGUCUCAGGGCCUCCGCCAGAUUCCCAAGCAGAUGGACGAGACGACGUUCCCGCGCUUCAAGCGCUUUGAUCCUCUCUGCUUGCCUUUGAACUACCUCCUCCAGCCGCGAGAGUCCCCAGACAACAACCGGGGGAGGAGGGUCGGUGGGGGUGGCUUUGGUCCGGGAAUUUAA